GCUUGGCCAGGCUUCCGACUGACAGCACCGUGUGGCUGCUGCUCUGGGGGUGUUCAGCCUUGGCAUGGCCUCCUGGUUCGGGGGGAGCAUGGCCCCCGACCCGCUCAUGGUCCUGCUGGUCAUCAUUCUGCUGGCACGCUUCAUUCUGUGGUCCUGCCUCGUGACAUACAUUGAUUAUAAACUGGCCCGGCGGCAGCCCCGCAAACCCAAGGAGGACUAGGGCCUCUGUUGGCCAGUGUCCUCCAGCUCCGGGUACCAGAAGGCCAUCCCUCCAGGAGGGUGCUGUCCCAGAGCUGUCCUGUCCUGGGGCUGUGGGUGGGUGUGGGGAGGUGGGCACAAGGCAUGUACACCACCCCCCACAUCACACCCACAGGGUGGAGGUGGACCUGCCCCACCUGGACUGCCCAGAGGUGUCCUGGUCGCAUUCCGUGCCCCAUGUCGGGGGAGAGAGGGCCCACCCCUGCCUUCCUGUCCACCAGGUUUUGAGAUCCCCUGUCGAAGUGAGUGAUCCUGGGGGUGGGUCUUGCGCUAAGACUUUCUCUGCUU